AUGCGACCGAUGAGUGAAUACAUUGAGAAAGCCCAGACACUUUCGGUUAAAUGUCUUAAAUUACAAGAUGAUAUCCACUCUCUCGAGGUGGAUAUUAGUAAGCUCAAGGAUCUCGGCGUUCCUAUCUACAAACAAGAACAAGCUAUCAAGACUAUUCAAGUGGAACAUGAUAAAAUCUUCGGGAUGAUAAAGGAUGCACUGAAUCAAUUAGGAAUUACUGAUGUAAGCGUAUUGCCGGAAGAGAUGAUAAGAGUCUUUCAGAAUCUAAGUCUUGCCCCAACUAACAAUGUGCUACAAGAACCACAGAUGCAAACGGAACAAGGACUAGGGAAACAUGGAUCACUGCCAAUGCAAAUGCAACAAGGAUUAGGGCAACAAGGUUUAGGACAACGUCCGUUCUAG